UUAUAAUAGUAGGAAUGCAUUGAACGUCAGCUGCCAAACUCAGAAAUAGUUUCAAAAGUAACUUAAAUAAAAGCUGUGAAAAUGUGGCUGGCAGGAAAUCUUUUUGGUCGUUCAGAAACCUUUCGAUUCGGUCGUUUAUUGCACCUCAAGCGGAAAGAGGUCUAUAUAGAAUGCCUUCGCAUCCUGGGUGUGCAUGAAUCAGCCGAUCAGAACACGGUCCGCCAUGCUUAUUUGGAUCUUGUGAAGCGGGUGCAUCCCGAUUCGGGUACAGAAGAGGCCAGCGCUGAGCGCUUUCAGCAGGUGGACGAGGCCUUUCGGGUGCUGCAGGAAAAGUUCGCAAAAGGCAGGCGCAAUAUCCAGGAAGACGAAGAAGAGGCUAUGGAGUUCGAUAUUAAACACACGGCGCCUCAGCAUCGCCAAUAUCUCUCCAAUGAAGGAAUCGGCGUGGGUAAUCCUUUCCAGCGUCAAAAGCAGUACCAGCAGGUACGUGCCAUGAAGGCUCAGGAACGCGUUCUGGAGCACCGCAUUGACAAGUCAGCUGCUGGAGAGAAAACAAUAAUGUCUAAGGGCGGCAAUCACUUUCGCAGACAUGCCAUUAAGACAAAGUACGGCAUAGAUCGGGUUGUCGAGGAUCUCAUACAGGAAGCCAUGUCCAAGGGCGAUUUUAACAAUCUCAACGGGGCAGGAAAACCCCUGUCUUCGGCUCAAUCGCAGAAUCCCUAUCUCGACUUCACAACCCACAAGUUAAACAAGAUCAUGCUGGACAAUGGCUUCACGCCCGAAUGGAUCAGCCUCGGCAAGGACAUUCGUGAUGCGAUAGGUGAGCUUAAGAUUAAACUACGCAAGGAACGUAUAUACUACGGGGAAUGGCCUCUGCACCUAUCCGAGCACAUAGCCGCCUGGCAAACCUUUACCCAGCAGCACCACGAAGAAGUUAACCAGCUGAAUAAGCUCAUUGAUAAGUACAAUCUCAUAGUUCCCAUCCUGGAGAAUCAGUUCUUUCGCCUGAACCUCGACAGAAUGGCGGAACGUAUAUUUAAGGAUCCAGAAUUACAACGUAACAUAGUAAGACCCGGAUUAAGUGCCAAAGCCAGCAGCAAAGUGGAUAGUCAGGAUAGUAAUAGUACAAGUCUGCUUUCCUUUUUAACCAAACUAUUGUAAAGGUUACUGUGUGAUUGUCAAUAUGUGAUAUUAGAAAUAGAGAAAUGUGUACAAAA